AUGGAGGUGAGUUUAUCCUCAACAUCAUUUAUACCCUUAAGCUCCAAGUUGAAGCAUAAGCAUGCCCUUUUCCACUCCCAAUUUCCUACUCUCACACCUUCAACCAAAACCAGAAGAACCAAACCUUUGUUCAUCGUUAACUCUUCCAAACCAACCUUGUCCUCCAACUGGCUCGUUUCUACACACGAUUUUUCUGCAUCUACCACUUCCCCCUGGCUUCCCAGAUUCGAAGAGCUGGACAUCACCAACAUGCUUCUCCGUCAAAGAAUUAUCUUUUUGGGUUCUCAGGUGGAUGAUAUGACUGCAGAUUUUAUCAUUAGUCAGCUUUUGUUUUUGGAUGCUGAAGACUCAAAGAAAGACAUCAAGUUAUUUAUAAAUUCACCUGGUGGUUCUGUUACUGCUGGGAUGGGAAUUUAUGAUGCCAUGAAGUUAUGCAAGGCAGAUGUGUCAACUGUUUGCUUUGGGCUUGCUGCAUCCAUGGGUGCAUUUAUCCUUGCUUCUGGUACAAAAGGGAAGAGGUAUUGUAUGCCGAAUUCAAGAGUUAUGAUCCAUCAGCCACUUGGAACUGCUGGUGGAAAAGCUACUGAAAUGAGCAUUCGUAUAAGAGAAAUGGCAUAUCACAAGAUUAAGAUCAACAAGAUACUAUCAAGAAUUACAGGGAAGCCUGAAGAACAGAUUGAUCUGGACACGGAUCGUGAUAAUUUUAUGAAUCCAUGGGAAGCUAAGGAGUAUGGUUUAGUUGAUGGUGUUAUUGACGAUGGUAAACCAGGAUUAGUUGCACCAAUUGGAGAUGCAUCACCACCACCAAAAACUCGGGUAUGGGAUAUAUGGAAAAUUGAAGGAAGCCGGAAAGCUAAGAAAAAUUUGCCCUCAGAGCACAAGUUUUUGCAGAAUGCAUCUGAAGGUAGUGAUGGCGAUAAAGGCAGUGGGAAAGAGGGAGAAACACCCGUUGCUGUAUGA